AUGUCCAAACAGAAGGAAGCUGCUCCGUUGCAGCCUAUUCUGCUGCCUCGAGUCGGCGAUUUCUACUCGCAUCGUGCCCACGCCAUACCGGCGACGCAUGGUACGUGUCGAGGCCGGUUUCCAACCGAUCCGGUCGACCGUGACGGCUACUCGCAGAUGCCCGGCGUUCGUGCCGGCUCUCCGAAGAAGCCACCUGGCUGGCCUGACGACCCGAAGCUCGAGACCGCCGUGGCUCCGCUGCUCAACCGGCCUCCGCCCGCACCAUCACCACCGGCACCGCCGACACCUGAAUUGACUGCGGCCGCUGCUGCGGCUGCCGUGGCAACCGCAUGGUCUGUGAGGCUGGACAGUUGGAACCAGGCCUCGAGACGUCGGUAUGGCGGCCGGAAGACGGCAAGCCAAAUCUCGCGCCGCUCCGCUUUGGCUCCAGCGCCCAGCGUUAGACCGCCGAUAAAGUCAUUCGUGGGGCCCCGAUCAAAGUCCCAAACUGUCACUUCGAGUGUUCGAGAGGCGGCGUCUGAAGCGGCCAGAUCGUAG